AUGGCCCACCGAGUCUUCGUCGACUGGGAGCUGUGGCAGCAGAUGACCUUCGUUCUCGCCUGCUGCAUCGGUAUCGUGUUUAUUAUUGGCUUCGUCAAGCUAUGGUGGACGAAUCGGUUAAUGGCGAGGCUCGAGAUUAUCGAUGCCGAGAAACGUGCUCAUGUAUCCGAAAUGGAAUCUACCGGUCUGCCUCCACAGCGGAAACAAUCUGAGAUUCCUUUCGGCGUCCGUGCCAUUCAGUCUGGUGUGGAGGUUGACGGCAUUUGGAUCUCACGUCCUGCAACCCCGGCCUCCGAAUCUCCCCCGAAUUCAGCCAGGGCCAAGGGCAAGUAUGUCUCCAUGGCUCCCGUCUCACCUACGUCUCCGAACCCCGAUCCCUUCAGUUCUCCGACAUCGUCACGUGGAAGCUAUGCUCCGCAGACAUAUCGACCCAAGUCUAUGGCCCAGCGUAACAUAGGCCAGGCUGAUGCCUUGCGGCGCCUUGAAGGAGACGGGGAUGCCGCCGCCUAUCAGACAUACCAGCCCCGCGGCCACAACGAGGAUCCGUAUGAGUCUGGCUCAGCUGACCAACCUUCUGGAUCCUACGCCGGUGUCGAUGUUAGGGUGCCCAUCCGCCCGCCUGUCAAUCGCCAUUUGAGCAACGCUCGUGGCGGCGGUGGAAGCCCUGCUGAGCCCAAGACGGGUGGCGGUGUUCGCUCCUUCAGCGGUAACCUCCAGCUUCCCAAUAACGUAAUGUACUUCGCCCUCUUUAUCAACUCCGUUCUUCGGAGGAACCUCCGCGAUUUCGGCACCGGCGCGCCGGUCGCAAAGAUGUCUUCUACAGAGCUCCACCCCGGCACAAAGGGCUUCGCGGACGCGGCCUCGUAUGAUGCCUACCGGCCGUCGUAUCCCCCCGAGGCGAUGCAGCGGUUCCUUACUCACUUGAAGAUUGCCGACGCCGCGCAUGCUAAUGUUCUCGACUUGGCGGCCGGCACGGGCAAGUUGACGGAGGUGCUGGCGGCGCGGCACGAGGGUUAUGACAUCGUGGCUAUCGAGCCGCAUGAGGAGAUGCGCGCGGAGCUCGAGAGGAAGUCGUUGAAGGGCACGCAAGUCAAGGAUGGCUUCGCGGCCAAGAUCCCUUUGGAUGAAGAGUGGGGUGACGCGUGUGUUGUUGGACAGGCUUUUCACUGGUUCGCGAAAGAGGAAGCUCUGAAGGAGAUUCACCGCGUAUUGAGGCCGACAGCCGUACUGGGAUUGAUCUGGAACAUUGAAGACUACAACAAACCGCAACAUUGGCAUGCUAGCACGUCCUGGGAACAGUCUCUGAACGAACUCGUCUUUAGCCUCGGGUCCGACGGGCAGCCCCGCUUUCGCGACUUCGUCUGGAAGGACAUCUUUGACCGUCAGCUCGAUCCAAACCCUCUGAAGGCUGUCGCCAACAUCGUACUCGAGGGUGGGCGCAGAAUGCCGCUCUUUAGCGUUCCCGUCGGCGAGGAGAAGGUGCCGUUCACCGUCUGGCUCACCCCCGAUGCGGUCUGGAACCGCAUUCGUACGCUGAGUCAGGUUGCCGUGCUGGAGGGCGAAAAGGCCAAGGCUUUCAAGGACAAGUUUGAUGAGAUUUUGAGUCGAGAUACUGUCGAGAGGAACGAGAAGGGUGAGGUCGCGCUGCACGGGGUCACGUAUUUUGCCUGGACUUCGAGGUUGUAG